AUGUGUGACACGGUGACAGAGCACGAGGAUGUGGCACAGGGACACGUCACGGGGAUGGGACAUGGGGACAACGUGGGGACGCGGCACCAGGACAUGACAAGGACGAGGUGGAGACAUGGUGACACGGGGCCGAGCCCCAUGGUAGCCCCACGGGUGACAGUGGCCCCAGGAGGGGUGACGUGGCCACGGGGCCAGCGCGAGGCCACGCAGCGACAAUCAGUCGGGGCUGGGGGCUGUGUGGGGGCCAUGUCCCCCCGUGUCCCCACGGUGGCACCGCGCUGCCGCCCCCGCCUCCGCCUGGACGUUUCCGCUUCUCCCGAGUUCCCGCCCGCCCCGGGGCCGCGCGCGGUGCCGGCCGGGGGACGAGUCUUCGUGCAGGUGCGGGACACGGGGACACGGGAGGGACCUGGAUCCCCCGCACGGGUGACACUUCCCGGGCGCCCCUCCAGGGUCUCCCUGUGCUCCCGGUGCUCCCAUAACCGCGGUAAUCCAGCCCCGCACCUCCCCGCCUGCUCCCGCUCCCCUCAUCCGCCCGUGCCCGCCCGUGACCCUGCCCCCAUCAGCCCCCCGGUCCUUGUCCCGAUCUCCGGUGACACCUCCCCGUGUCCCCCCCCCAAGGUCUCCCUCUCCCGCGCCCCGCCCGGACUGGGUUUCGUUCUCCGCCGCUGCUUCGUCUCCCCGCGCUCCUCCCCGGGCCCCCCCGCUCCGGUUUCGGGGCCCGGCCCGGCCCCGCGGCCGCUCGUGGUGCUGCGGGGGGGCUGCGCCGCGCGGGGGGCGGCGGGGGACGCGGCGGGAGGCGCGGGGGGGCCGCGGCGGAGGCUGCUCCUCUCCUUCCUGCUGCCCCCCCGGUUCCCGGAGCCGCUGCAGUUCCUGCAUUGCCGCCUCCGGCUCUGCCGCGCCGGGGGGAGCCGCCGAGGCCACGCGGAUGGGCUGCCGCCGUGUCGCGCGCAGCCGUGCGCGCGCGCGCGGGGCGGAGCCUCCGGAGCCGGGCCCCGCCCCCUCCCCGGGCCCCGCCCCCGCGGCCGAUCGCUCCGCACCGUCACUCGCCCCAUCGUCGUGACCCUCGGCCCUGCGGGGACCCCCAAACCAGGUGCUGCCGCCGUGCCGUUCCCACCGCCCCCCCCCGUUCUGCGCUUCCCGCCCUUGUCCCCGCGGGAUCGGCCGCGGACCCCCCCCGCGGAUUCCGCCGUGCCCCCCGGGGUCGUGGCCGCCGUGUCCUUCGGGGCCUUUGCGGUGGGGGCGGCGCUGGCGGGGGGGCUCUGGUUCGUGCACAGACGCACAGCUGCCCCCCGGCGCCCCCCAGCCCCCCGCAGCUCCAGCGCUGCCCCCCAGCCCAGGGGGGGACAGCUCAGGACCAUCAGCCCAAAGCCGCCUCCACGCGGGAGCCCCUCAGCAGCACCCUGAGCCCCCCCUUUCCCCCCAUCGCUGGGGAGGGCAAAUAAAGGCGCUGACACCCCCCA